AUGGCGCAGUCUCAGAAUCGAACCCCGCCUGCGGUCAUGGGCGCCGUCACCGAGCAAAUCGGCAACACCCCUCUCGUUCGCCUCAACAGGCUGCCAAAAGCCCUGGGCAUAGAAGCAACGGUAUACGCCAAACUAGAAUUCUUUAACGCCGGCGGGAGCGUCAAGGACCGUAUCGCCCUGCGCAUGAUCGAGGAGGCAGAGCGCUCGGGAAGGAUAAAGCCUGGCGACACUUUGAUCGAGCCCACCAGCGGCAAUACGGGAAUCGGAUUGGCUCUUGUUGCUGCUGUGAAAGGCUAUAAGGCAAUCAUCACCUUGCCCGAGAAGAUGUCGGCGGAGAAAGUCGCCGUGCUUCGCGCGUUGAAUGCCACGAUCAUCCGCACCCCUACCGAGGCGGCCUUUGAUUCCCCAGAGUCUCAUAUCGGAGUGGCCAAGCGUCUGGAGAAGGAGCUGCCUAACGCGCAUAUUUUGGACCAGUAUGGCAACCUGGAUAACCCGCUGGCACACGAAUAUGGAACCGCAGAGGAGAUUUGGACCCAGACCGAGGGCAAGGUCAGUGCGAUUGUUGCUGGAGCCGGGACCGGUGGCACCAUCACUGGAAUUACCCGUGGACUGAAGAAGCAUAACCCCUCGAUCAAGGCCAUUGCGGCCGAUCCUCAUGGCUCUAUCCUCGCCGUACCAGAGCCCCUGAACCAGGAACACCUUAACGAGGCCUAUAAGGUGGAGGGAAUCGGUUAUGACUUCAUUCCUGAUGUCCUCGACAGGAGCAUCAUUGACAAGUGGUACAAGACCGGCGAUAGGGAAUCGUUCAAAUAUGCUCGACAGCUUAUUGCAGAGGAGGGACUACUUGUCGGUGGAAGUAGUGGAAGCGCCAUCGACGGAUUAGUACAGGCUUCAAAGGACGGUCUGGUCGGUAAAGAUGAUGUCGUUGUUGUCAUAUUGCCUGAUAGCAUCCGAAGCUACUUGACCAAGUUUGCCGACGAUGACUGGCUUGCGGCGAACAACCUGCUUCCAGAAUCCACCGAAGCCGUUCCUCCAUCACCACAACUGGCUCCCCAGGGAUCAACUGACCGAUUCGCGGGCGCCAAAGUCAAGGCACUGCGUCUCAAGCCCGUCACGACAGUAUCUGCCAGCUCAUCCUGCUCAGCAGCCAUUGAAACCAUGAGAGAAAAGGGUUUCGACCAGCUUCCCGUCCUCGCAUCUCAAAGCCGAAGACUAGUCGGUCUCGUAACCCUCGGAAACAUUCUCAGUUGGAUCUCUCGCGGCCGAGCCACUGGCAACAGCCCCGUGUCGGACGUCAUGUUCGAUUUCUCGAAGAUAUCUGAAAUCGUUACCGACCCGCGCAACCUAGGCAAGCUACCAAAGACUGAAGCCGAAGGUAGCAAACGCCGCGAAUUCGUCGAGAUCACAAUGGACACACCCCUGAGCGUUCUCAACCGUUUCUUCGAGUGGAACAGCGCAGCGGUAGUGACUGAGAAGGACGAGUCUGGAAACAUGAAGCCACUCGCCGUCGCGACCAAGGUCGACCUCUUGACCUGGCUCCUACAGCAAAACAAGGCCGUUUAG